CUUCCCAACCGAUAUUCACAAUAUGCUGGGAAUCAACUACGAAAGCAGUGAUGAGGAAGAGACGUCGCCGUUGACGACAGCACCGCAAGCACAAGCUCAGUCCAAACUUCCAACAGCUGCUCCGGCUCCAGUCGUAGAGCCCUCAGUACCGCCUGGUCCAGUCAAUGGUCCCGCUCAAGGGCCGACCGUUUCUCCCCCCCCUGCUGAUGAACGACCAACGGACGAUGUCCCUCCAGGUUCUCCCUACACUUCGAAUCGCUUGAUGGUCCAGAACCUUACGCUUCCUCCCGUUCCGAACUUGGAUAUACCUUCCUCACCACCUGGGUCGCCACCACAAAGAGCAACGAAAAAAUUCGCGCAGUUCCUCGAGCUGAAGAAGAAAGGGCAGCAUUUCAAUCAGCGGCUGGAGAAUUCGUCCGUUCUGCGGGAUCCGAGCCACCUGCGGAAGUUGAUGGACUUUGCAGGCAUCAGUGAGGAGGACCAAUAUGCUUCGACACUACCUGAAGGCGUUGCCGUACCCACAGUUUGGCCACAGUGGGCAUAUGGAGAGGAGUUGAAUGCCUCGCAGAAGAGGAUGUCCCACGCAAAGGAGGAGGAAAAGAAGAGCAAUCCGAACCGAUUAGUCGACUUCGUACCGGCUGCCAAAUCUAGUACUUCUAGUGCGACAGGCACGCCUUCUGGCAAGGGAUCACGACAGAGUGCAGCUGAAAGGGUCAUGUCGGGUUUGGACAGAGAACAGUCUAGUCGUUCGUCGUCGCAAAGCACGAGUAAACGGAAAGAGCUGGAGCAUAGAGGAGUAAGGGGUGAUCCUUCUUCCAGAAGCAGGUGUCGGAGUAGAUCGAGGUCACCGAAACGGCGGCGCUCGCGGUCAAGGGACAGGAGGUGACUACCUCCAAGUCGAGGUCGUUCACGGAAUCAUCGUCGUCUUUCCAUAUCAUAGUAGCUUUUAAUCAAGCUGUCUGCUGA